GUUCCUUGCAGCUCUGAGCCCUGUGCAUUCUCUCUCUGACACACAACCACACACACACUGUACCCUCACACACGCACCUACUCACACACACUGUACCCUCACACACACAACCACACACACACUGUACCCUCACACACGCACCUACACACACACACGCACAUGGAAUCGCACACACACAGCGAUAUUUGGAGCUACGUGGACAGACGGUGCAAGUGCAGCAUUCCUUUGCUGCUCCACUGCUGCCAGCGGAAGAACAGAUGAGGAAAAGAAGGAGAGAACGACAGAAGCACAGAGAAGGAGGGCAAAACACAGAUUGGACAGAUUGGAGAAUGGGAUAAAUAAUCCGAAACCGUUCAAGUGAAGACUGAAGGAAAGAGUGUGUGUGAGUGAGUGAGUGUGUGUGUGACAAGACUGAAAGAAAUUGUGUGUGUGAGAGAGAGUUAGCAUGGCCAAGGAACGGUCGUGCAGGUGUGUGGUGCUGGGGGUGUGUGUCCUGCUGUGUGUGGUGUGUGUGUGUGUUCACGUCUACGUGGAGCUCACCUGGUGGGGGGGGCAGAUGUCAGCCACGAGACUCCACCAGGCCGUCACCACGGCAACGAGAAAGCGGAAGGACGCCUCGCUCUCAGGGGCCAAGGCAGCAGGGUUUGUGUGCUGUCCACCUCAGCGCCCGAACAGAAUGGGUCCCAGGUGGCGUAUACAGCUGCAGCCGUGGGCCAGUGAGAGACAUGGCCUGGAGGAGGAGGCCAAGAGAUUCUUGCAGUAUAUCACCACGCCACAGAUUCAGUGUAUGAGCUCUCUGCUGGAUGCUGAGGAUCACUGGAGUGUGUGUGAGGAUGACAGAUUCAGUCUGACCCAACGCAUCACGAACAAGCAUUGCAGAGUGUAUUCAUUAGGUCUGGGUGCAGAAGAGCGGCGCAUGGAGCACGCUCUGGUGAGGAGGGGAUGCGAGGUGCACUGCUUCGACCCCAGCAUCUCCGUGCCCCACCUGCAGGAGUCUGAGCACCUGUGGGUGCACCGCCUCUCCGUCGACUGGAGGGACCCCAACCCCGCCAUCCCGGCACAGCGUCCCCACGGCAACACCAAGAAGCUUGCCACCAUCCUCAACAACUUCGGACACCAAGAGGUGGACAUUCUGAAGGUGGACAUGGAGAGUGCCGAGUGGAAGAUUCUAGAAAACCUAAUUCUGGAAGGGGUUCUAAGUUCCGUGGGCCAGCUGCUUCUGGAGGUGCACCUGCACUGGGCGGGUUUCGAGGUGGGCGGAGAAGAGCCCGACGUGGUCCGGUAUUGGUUCAGCCUGCUGAAGGAGGUGGAGCUUGCUCAUUUCAGCCUGUUCCACAGCUGGUCCGACCCGGAUAAGCCCCGGCUCUUUUUGCACAAGAACCUAUGGAACGCCAGCAGCGUGUACCGGCUGAGCUGGGUCAACACACGAUGGAAGCCCCUUUGACCAAUCAGAUGAAUGCUCUAUACAUCCAAUAUGGGAGAGUUCUCUUAGGAACACGAAAAACACCCAGAACAGCCACUGCCUCCAGGAACAGUCUGGGAACAUGAAGUGAACUGACGCGACCUCUAGAUACAUCCAUCACAGAAUGGACAAGCUGGGUGCAAAAUGAGCUUUCUUGGUGAGUCUGUGAACACUGACUGAAAAGUCUAUGGUCUUUACAGGGUGAAAACACUUAGAAGGAAAACCUCCUCAAGGCAAGACUUUGAGUUAAAAACUACUUACAUACUUAACUUUACAGCAACAGUAAGCUCUACACAAAAAAUGCUCUCCUGUGUGUCCUGGUGGAAAAUACUGGGCCCUAAUUUCAAUAACAGGCAAUGAGCAAAGCAACGAGCAAUGAGUCCAAGUGAAGUCCAAGUGAAGCUAUCGUGUGGUGUAUGGGAGCAUUGCGCUGACCUACCCAUGUUUGUGCUUAGGAUCUUGCUCAUGGUAUUAAAUUAGGAAAAUUAUUUAGUCAAGUUAUCAAAUUAGCUUUAGUUAAUGCACUUUGCUCGUUGCCAGUUGCCUGUCAAUGAAAUUAGCACCCCUGGAAUGUUGGAUGGACAACAACUGAACCCUGUGCUGGAAUGAAACCCUUAUUUGUGGGCCUGGCUCAUCAUGUUUGGGAAUGAGGCUAAUACUGCCCCGGAGGCUGCAAACGUGACUGCAUCUGCCUCUGCCUCUGAUUUCCAUAUUUAUGUCUAAUGCUCUGUCCCUGGCGACCGCGCUCCACUCUUAGGGCCUGAUCUUUAAAAUGCUGAGUCAUGUUGCAGUGCAGCCCACAAACACCACACCCACUAGAUACCUGACACACACACACACACACACACACACACACACACACACACACACACACACACUAGAUACCUGACACUGGCCCAGUUACUGGGAAGGGUGAGAAGAUGCAUGACUGGACAAGGUACAUUAACACUUACCCCCAUCUGUCUCUCCCUCACACACACACACACACACCCUGACACACACACACACACAAGAGAGGGGGUAGUCAGUAAGAGCAAUCUAUGCGGAAAGCACACACCAAGGGUGAAGACAGAUAUGGCAGGACACGCCUCAUUUAUUAACAGAAACACAAAAAACAGGACAUGGACAAACACACACACACACAUACACACACAAAUACACACACAAAUUCACACACACACACACAGACACACACACUAACACACACACAUACACACACAUACACAGACACACUCACUUAAAUUAGUAUUUUUGGAGGGCCGAAGGACAGAGAUUUGGCUUGGUCUUCCAGUACAUAAGAACAUAAACAGUUUUAUUGUAGAAUGCAAACAGCCACAUUCAACAAUCAAUGAAACGACGAGGAAACUGGGUAGAAACCUUAGUGGAAAAAAUGGUGACAUUUUUAAAGUGUCAUGUAAUGCAGUGGGCAUUUUCCAUAAAGCUUUUCCCUCUGGAAGGGCUGCAGCCCGUAUCUAGCCUGACUGUGCUGGGUCUGUCCAAGAUCAGGACUGGACCUACGCCAGAUCCAGACUACGUCUGAUCCAGGAUAAGUGACUGCCUUGGUCAGUUCCGUAUUGAGGGGGUUCAAUGUGUCAGCACCAUGCUGUGAGUUGGUCUGGUGUGAAUGAGGGAGGGAGGAACCAAACUACCUUUGUACGAACGGUGAAUGCAUGAAGAAAAUGCCAAACUGCUCAACUACCAAAUAAAAUUCAAUAUGCAGA